AUGGCGAAGCUCGCAUUGGCUGCUACAAGCGGUAAGGGCUGCAAAAUACUCUUAGGACUAAGAGUACUUGCCUUCUUGGCUACGUUAUCUGCAGCCAUUGUAAUGGGACUGAACAAAGAGACGAAGACUUUUGUUGUGGGCAACGUUGGAAACACUCCGAUUAAAGCUACUUUCACUGCUAAGUUCCAACACACUCCUGCUUUUGUGUUUUUUGUAGUGGCUAAUGUAAUGGUGAGCUUCCACAACUUGUUGAUGAUUGCUCUUCAGAUAUUUGGAGGGAAAAAGGAUUUAACUGGUUUUCGUCUUCUCUCCGUCGCCAUUCUUGACAUGCUGAAUGUGACUCUAAUUUCGGCGGCAGCAAACGCGGCGGCGUUCAUGGCGGAGGUGGGGAAGAACGGGAACAAACACGCGAGAUGGGACAAAAUAUGUGACAGAUUCGCCACCUACUGUGACCACGGCGCCGGAGCAUUAAUCGCAGCCUUCGCCGGCGUAGUCCUUAUGCUCAUUAUCUCCGCCGUCACAAUCUCUCGUCUCGUCCAGCCUAACAAAUGCUGCUCCACCGCCGCAACUCCUUCCGUCGUCCCCUGA